UUUUUUUAGGGAGCCCUUCGGCCCUCACUCAAGACCAGUGCCAGACUAUUUUGAACCCUAGGCAAGGCAUGUUCCGGAAGUCCGAACGUGGAGCCGCCCCACCCCCACCCCAGCAUCCCUGGCUUCGCUUUGGCUGGGCGGGCGCGGGGCGCCAUCUCGCCCGCCCAGGCCCAGCUGAAUCCUCGGGCCAGGCCAGCUCACAGCCAACAAUGCAUCCUCUGGAUUCGGUGGUGCUGGAGGGGGAAGCGUUUAUGGAGGACACAGUCAGAAAAGCUGAGCAGCAGGCCUUGAGGCUGGCAGAAGCCAUCGAAGGAGGGGACAAAGAGGAGGCCCAGCAGUGUGCUUCCUGGCUGGCGGAGCGACGUGUCCCUGUUGCCGUGCAGGUGAAACAAGAAGCCCAGCCCCUGCAAGAGAUCAGGUUGCAGGUGGGUGUGGAAGAUGCCCAGAUGAGCACCAUCCCCAUUUACCUGAAGGUCCAACCUUGCAUGACUUUGGCAUCUCUCAAAGAUAUGGUGUUCCUCCACUACGGUUUCCCUCCCAGCAUACAGAAGUGGGUGGUAGGACAGAGGUUGCCUCGGGAUCAGGAGACGCUUCACUACCACGGCAUCCAGAGAGAUGGCGACACCGUGUAUCUCUACCUCCUCUCUGCUAGGGCAGCCAAGCUGAGCAAAGACACCUUCGAGCGCGACCACGAACGCAGGCAGUUGGAAGAGUUAGGCAUUAAAGAAGGUGUCCUGCUUCCACGGGGAAUGACUGGACCGGCAGCCCCGCCCGCGAUGGAGCCCUCGGGUAUCUCGGAUCCCGGCGAGGAGAAAAGCGACUGUGGUCCACCUCUCUCUGCUGGGCCUCCAAAGGUCGGCUGGGAGUGCCCGAGGUGCACCUACCUAAACAAGCCCACCUGGCCCGGCUGUGAGAUGUGCUGUGGAGAACGGCCCAAGGGCUACAUCUUGCCAGAAGGCUACCAGCUGGACGGAGAGGAGCAGGACCGGCUGCAGAAGGAGGCAGAAGCCACGCGCCAGUAUGAGCAGGCGAAGGAACAGCAGAAACAGAGGAACUACCAGCAGCUCCUGCAGCUGGACGGGCAAAGCCUGGUGCCAUCCGAUGAGGCCGUGGACUGCCCCAUCUGCUUCGUCACCCUGGAGCCCGGGGAGGGCGUGACCUUGCGGGAAUGCCUGCAUUCCUUCUGCAAGGACUGUUUGCGAGGGACCAUUCUCAACAGCCCGGAGCCUGAAGUGCCUUGCCCCUACAUCGACGAGAGCUACUCCUGCCCCGGGCAGUUGCUGGACCGCGAGAUCAAAGCGCUCCUGAGUGAUGGCGAAUACCAGCACUUCUUGGACCUGGGCAUCUCAAUCGCCGAGAACCGCAGCCGUUCCAGCUACCACUGCAAAACCACGGACUGCCGGGGCUGGUGCUUCUACGAGGAUGACGUGAACGAGUUCCUUUGCCCAGUCUGUGGGAAAAACAACUGUCUGCUUUGCCAGGCUAUUCACGAAAACAUGGAUUGCAGAGAAUACCAGGAUGAUCUCCAACUCCGAGCUAAAAAUGACCAGGCGGCACAGCAGACCACGGCCAUGUUGCUGGGAAUGGUGCAGAAAGGGGAGGCCAUGUACUGCCCGACAUGCAACAUCAUUGUCCAGAAGAAAGACGGCUGCGACUGGAUCCGGUGUACCGUCUGCCACACGGAGAUCUGCUGGGUGACCAAAGGCCCACGCUGGGGGCCAGCGGGCUCCGGUGAUACCAGCGGGGGCUGCCACUGCAAGCUGAACGGAAAUCCCUGCCACCCCAACUGUCAGAACUGCCACUGAUCAAGAGGGAAGGAGAACUUCUCUGUUGGGCUUUUGAAAGGACAAGCUGUCUCACUUGGAAGUACAAAAGCCAGGAGCACCACCAAGCAGAGUUCUGGACAACUGGGCACAUCUGCAGCCUUUUCCAAUUGGUGCUCUUGUCUCCAAGGAGAUCAACACGCGCAGAUUCAUCUUUCAUAGAAAGACGGCUUCCUUGUAUUUCAAUAUAUGACCGGAUGAAGAGACCGAGUGGAGGUGCUGGCCUCUGCCCUUGAGGGCGUGUGGUAUUCUUAUCAUACAUCAUGUAGCCACCAUGUGGAGAGGCAUUUCCUAGUAUUAUUGAUGUUCCAGCUCCCUUUCCCCACCAACAGCACAAUUUUUCCUUCUUGUGUUCCUUCUGCACAAGUAGCAUUACUUUCUGGCCAAGGCGUAGCUGUUUAGCCAAAAUCUUUGACCCUUGUCACAGGAUCUGCAUUGCCCUACAGUACAUCAGAACCAAGCUUGAUGGCUCUGGUUUCACUACAAGAUGUACUGACUCAGUGUAUAUACAAUCUUCAUUGGAUUUGCCCAAAUAAAGUGGUAUUUAUAAACUGA